AUGACGGCACCGCAACAGGUGCAUCCUUGGCUCCUCAUCUGCCUUGCAGCAGAGGAGAAGAGGGCCCAGGCCCGGCAGCCUCCGCAGGCCCAGCAGAACGCCCAGGCAGAUAACAAGGUGGCAUCAGCGCCGGUCGUGAGAAGCCUCGUGUCGCUGCACCGGGACAGCUGCCACAUGGAGAAGACUGCUGAAGGGGCCACGCUGCGUUUCCAACUCUCGGCGGCUGGUGCGGGCGUGGCCCGAGCCUUCUACUUGGCCAGGGCCCUGGGUGCGUGA